GUUUGUUUUCUAUUUGACAUAUUCUCAGCUUCAAUUAUCAAUUUUAUUUAGCAUGUCUAAAGAAUUUGUCUUAAACGAGAACGAAAUGUCUUAGUGAAUUUGAAAGAUAUUAUAUAUUAAAUAGGCGAAACCUGUCAGUUUGUAACGGUAAAACGAUGAUGAAGGAAGGAAUAAUUAUUCUAAGUGUUGCAUUUAAUUGUUUUAUAUGUUACCAUAGCUAUAAUAUCACAGCUGGGGUCGGUUAUAAGACCAAUACAACGUUUCAUGUAUACAACAACAGUAUGACGUGGUAUGAAGCAUUAACAGGAUGCCAUUCUAAAGGAGUCCGUUUUUUUCGUGCUUUAUCUGAAAUAUCAAGGAAGUAUUUGAUAUAUCUGAUUCAUAAACAUGGAAUGCAAUCUGGACGAAUUUGGGUUGGCAUUAUCAAACCAAGCUUCCAAACAACACUUUACAAUGGUAAUGAUUGUGGUAAUAGUUCCAAAAAAAUAGAAUUUACUGAUUACAACUCCACACAGUGCUUGUAUUUGGAUUUAUCAGACCCUGAAAGCUUUGAUCUCGCUGAUUGUCAUAUGAAGUAUCCAUUUGUUUGUUUUUCUAAAACGCCAAUUAUUGAGACAAUUAACACAACCAUGCAUAUACAAGAAAUUGAUGGAGUAUCUAAUCUUAUAAUGAAUGUGCGUAAUUUAACAAAAGACGAAUGUGGUUUGGUGUGUUCCAAGACGUUAAAUUGUGUGUACAGUUUCUUUGACGAGAAUAACUGCACUUUCGGGACAGAUGCGACCUCCGAUUUUGAUGUUGAAUAUAGAUUUAUCAUAAGUUCAACAUUUACAACAGAUAUUGCAACCUAUAUUAAGUCUCCUAACAGAGUACAUAUCAACAUUAUUGAUGAAGACACAGCAUAUAACAACACAUUCGAUUGUGGAUUUGACUCUACCAAUCAUACUACGUUCACUACCGCAAAAUCAACAGGUGAAUUUCAAUCUACCCAGCAAACUUUAACAACCGAACAAUCGACUACCCUAAUGGAAUGCGAGUCCUGUCCUGAAGAGGAAUGCAAUGCCACAAGAGUGGUAUCAAAUAUGACUAUAAAAGAUGCUCUGAACCUUGCAGAAGAGCUAAGGAAGACCUUGACAAUCGACAAGACAUCUUUGUCAUCAUACCGACGUAGUCUUGAAUGUGCAGAUGAUAGUAGACCAUCGUCAAAAGCAUUUGGGAGUUUUGCAUUAUGCAUAUUAGUAGGUCUUUUAGUGAUUUUUUUCGCCCUGGAUAUUACGUCUUUGUGGCAGAAUUGUAGACUAAAACACGUCGCAAAAAGAACAGGAAAAGGAGAAAUAAAUCUAAUGACAAAUAAAAAUGCAGAUCUUGGAAAAAUUCAAAUUUGAUAUAAAUAAAUUGCAACCAAAUGAAAACUUGAUUGUUUUUACAAUAUUGA